AAAGGUAAAAAAAAAAUUCCAAGCUCACCACCACAGCCAGUGUCACGGUUGCGCCUUCCCCAAUAACAAGCCCAUUUCUUUUUGGAUUUCUUGGAAGGAAACCACGGGAGUCAGCUUUGCCCAAUAUGACUCUCUUUAUUCUUACCGAGACCAGCGCUGGUUACGCUCUGUUGAAGGCCAAGGACAAGAAGCUCCUCAAGCGUGAUGAUAUCGCUACUGAGGCCGCUACUCCUGAGGGAGUGUCGAAUUUGUUGAAAUUGAAGUCUUUCCAGAAAUUCGACAGUGCUUCUACCGCACUCGAAGAAGUCACGGCUAUUGUUGAAGGAAAAGUCACUCCCCGUCUAGCCAGUUUACUCGACGAGAUCAAGGAUGAGAAAAAGGUCUCUCUCGCUGUGGCUGACCCCAAGCUCGGCAACGCUAUUGGAAAGCUUCCCGGUCUUGAUAUUCAACCAAUUGCCGACUCCUCUACUGCCGAUAUAUAUCGCGCAAUUCGCGAGCACCUUCCUACUCUUAUCCCUGGCCUUGUCCCUGAAGAUAUCUCUGCUAUGGCACUUGGUCUCUCACACUCGUUGGCUCGUCACAAGCUUAAGUUCUCCCCCGACAAAAUCGAUACCAUGAUUAUCCAGGCCAUUGCCCUUCUUGAUGAUUUGGAUAAGGAAUUGAACCUAUAUGCCAUGCGCGUGAAGGAAUGGUACGGCUGGCACUUCCCCGAAAUGGCCAAGAUUAUCAACGACAACAUCGCCUAUGCUCGCGUCGUUUUGAAGAUGGGCAUGCGAACUGAAUUCGAAAAUAUCGAUUUGAGUGACAUCCUACCCGAGGAGAUUGAAGCCGCUGUCAAAAAUGCUGCCGAUAAGUCUAUGGGAACAGAAAUCAGCCCUGAAGAUUUGGACAACAUCCAAGCCUUGGCUGAGCAGGUUGUUGGCUUCUCCGAGUACCGUCAACAGCUCGCAAGUUACUUGACUGCUCGUAUGACAGCUAUUGCACCCAACUUGACAGCACUCGUUGGCGAGCUUGUUGGCGCUCGAUUGAUCGCUCACGCCGGUAGUUUGAUGAACCUUUCCAAGAGCCCCGCCUCUACAUUGCAAAUUUUGGGUGCCGAGAAAGCCCUCUUCAGAGCUCUAAAGACCAAGCACGACACUCCUAAAUAUGGUCUCAUUUACCACGCAUCUCUCAUCGGACAGGCCACCGGUAAGAACAAGGGUAAAAUGGCUCGUAUCCUCGCUGCAAAGGCCUCUCUUGGUAUCCGUGUUGACGCCCUUGCUGAGUGGGAUGAUGACGUCGCUGAAGAGGAGAAGGCUGCCUUAGGAACUGAAGCUCGAUUCAACCUGGAACGAAAGUUGGCCGGUAUGGAAGGAAAGCCCUUGAAGCCAAGAGGUGUCAACAUUGCGCCAAACGGUGUUUCUGCUCAACCCAAGAAAUUCGAGAUCAACGAAGCUCGCAAGUACAAUGCCGAUGCUGAUGCCUUGAGUGGAAACGAGGAGCCUGCUGCAGCAAAGUCGAAGAAGGAGAAGAAGAAGCUGAUCCAGGAAGAGAAGGAAUCUGAAGAUGAGGACGAGGAAAUGGAAGACGCCGAGGACUCUGACGAAUCAUCUGCCGAACAAACCAAGAAGUCUAAGAAGUCCAAGAAGAGCGAUUCUAAGGACGAGACCGAGAAAUUGGCUGCCAAGGCCGGUCUCAGUGUCAAGAGAUAUCUCCGCAAAUUGGAGCGCGGUGAAAUCAAAUUCGAUGCCGAGGGAAACCCAACAGCCAUCAGCAAAAAGGAAUUGAAAAAGGCUAAGAAGGAAGCCAAGAAAGCCACCAAAGAAGAAGGAAAGAAGCGCAAGCGAGACGAUGAAGAUGCCGACGACAAGGCUGAGAAGAAGAAAAAGAAGAAGAAAAGCAAAGAUUAAACCAUGAUCUUUUUUUGGGUUGUCUGGCUUUCUGGAAGAUAAAAAGUGAUUCUCAUUUUUGUAUGAUAUACAACUUUUUUUGCUCUUUCUUGUCUAUUUCUUCAUUUCGCUUGUUGGGUGGCAUUUGGGGCGAAUUUUUCUGGUUGAUUUUUGGCGUAUAGUGGAUUGUUUUUCAUUUCGACUUCGAUUUCCUUUCUUAUGGCAUAAGCAAUGAUCUCUUAUAUUCCCGUCAACUAGACAUACUUGAAUAUCAGAUCUGGAAUUCUAUAUUACCAUU